AUGGAAUAUAAUUGUAGUCAUAAUCAAAAUUUAAUAUUUCCAACAACAUUGAAACAUUUUAAAGUAUUUUAUGAAGAAGGGCGAGAUGGAAAUGUUCUUCGAACAAUAUUACAACAAAUGUCACAAUUAACUAGACUUGCUUUAUGUGAUAAUGCAAGAUAUAGUCCAAUGCCAAAUGGUAAAAUUUGGGAAGAACUUAUUCGAUCAUCAUUACCAUUAUUAAAUAGUUUUCAAUUUUUUUUUCCAUUUGAUCAAUAUCUUAAUACGUCAGGUGAUUUAAAUCAAACAAUGGAAUCAUUUUCUACACCAUUUUAUUUAUUCGAAAAACAUUGGUUUAUUCGAUGUGAUCGAAGUUCAAAAAGUUUAUUUACGGGUGCUCUUUAUUCUUUACCUUUUGCUUUUUCACGUAUGAUAAUUAAUACAUGUUCAUUUGAUAUGAGUAUUUCUACGUUACCGAUCAGCAAUUUUGAUGAAGUAAAAAGCAAUUAUUAUACUAAAGUAAAUACGAUAGUAUUCAAUCAAGAAUGUAAAGAUCCACAUAUUGGUUUUCUUUCAUCUAAUAUUGUUGGUCUCAUUCUCAAAGUUAAUCUACCAACAAGUUGGAUUUAUUUAUUAACAAAACUACGACAUUUACAUAUUGUAGCUGAUGUUCAAAUGUCAUCGAAUGAUUUUACACGUUUACUUGAACGUGCACCUAAUCUUCAAUCAUUAACUAUUUCAAUCAUUAAAUUAAAAAUAUUAACAGAUCAAUUUACUAAUCAAAUUGUUUGUCAUCAAUUAUCUCAACGAAUUCAAUCGUUAACUAUAUCUCAUCAUUAUUCCGAUAUGCCUAAUUUAGGCAUUGUUAGUGUCCGUUUACUUUGUUCAAUUGCUCGUAUUUUUUCAGCAAAAUGUCAACAUUUAUCAUUAGCUUUAAUAGCUCAUCCAAAUACUGUCCGUCCAAUCUUACGACGUAUGAAACAAUUACGUAGUUUGCAUAUUCAAUGGCGUUAUGGAUGUCAUGGUUUAGAUGAUCCCAUAGCAUAUUGGCUUCAACAACAAUCAACAGAUCCUACAGCUGUAGAUUUUGUUCAUACUAAUGAUAAAAACGAUCUUUUUGUAUGGUUUGGAAAUCGAUUUUAA